GACGCCUUGGUGGCAGUCGAACCCUCCGCGGCCCCGAUGGCUGGUGAGGACUACGGGGCGUGCUUCUUGUGCUGCCAGAGCAUCGGCAAUGAGUCGGAGCUGAUGGUGAUCAAGGAGGGCUCGGAGAGCGUCGCGCGCGUGGUUUGCCACAAGAAGUGCAACAGCCUCAAGAAGCGCGUGCAGUCGCUCCGCGCUGGCAACUCGGACUUCGAGGCUUUCGGGGAGAUCGAGGGAGCCGCUCGCGCUGCGUUCUACGCGAACGCCGCCAACAAGUACGGCGCCGACCUCGCGCAGCACAUGGCCGAGACCAUGGAGGCGAAGCUCACUGAGCAGCACGAGGCCAAUUUCAAAGAAAGCGGCGACUUCGUGGAGAUCGGCGAGGCCCGUCAGCUGGCCCAGUUCAAGAACAACCCCGAGGCGUUCGAUCGCCUGUUGGAGCGGGCGCCCAGGAAGAAGUGCGAGUGGACGGAUAUCGAGUACGUGUACAUCCCCACGUACCGCUUCGAGCAGAAUAAGCGGCUGCUGAACGAGAACAUCAGGGCGAGGACCAUCAGCGGGGAGAAGAAGCUCAAGCGGCCCAAGGCCUUGGCAGCGCCUCCGAUGAAGAGGCUGAAGGAGCCGACCGCGGGCCCCGCGCUCCCGAAGGGCAUCCUGAACAAGUGCGACAAGAUGGAGGGCCGCCUGACCGAGCACAUCAUGCAGGCGGCCGAGACCCUCGCGCUGGCGCAUAGCCCUCAGGCUCAGGGCUACGUGGGGCCUCGCCCACUCGAGGUCGCCGACGCUUCCAACAAGAAGUUAGAGACCUACCUGGCUGAGCUGAAGAACCUUCGCGCGUGCGAUGGCACGACGAAGGAGAUCCUCGAGGCGAAGAUCGAACACGGCAAUGCCAUGCUCAACGCGCACAUCGACAUCAUCACCAAGAUUGAAGGCGCACUGGAGGACGUGGCGCAGGAAGUCUUGGUCUCCCAGGCGCUCGAUGAGGCUGGCACAGAGGGAGCGGCCGAUGCGAGGGGCCUAAAGUGCCGCGAGCCGCCGAUGGCUCACGAGGCCACCGAAUCCGUUUCCGAUGAUGAGUUUGAUGGUUGGAUGUGGUCCGACGUCAGAAAUGACGGGGUGGUGGCCGACGGCGGCUCGGAUGGGGGCAGUGAGUGUGGGUCUGGAUCCGCCCGCUCUCAUGGCAGUCUCUCGGCCUCGACCCUCGAGCUCGAUCGGUCGGCUAAGGUCGAGGGCAGCCAGGGCGCGGCAUCUGCGAACGAGGGCGGUGGCGCUGACAUGUCGCCUGGCAAGAGGGUCAAGAUCACACCGAAGAGGGCCGCCGCGGAGGCGGGCCGCCCCAAGGGCAGGGGCAAGGGCAAGGGCAAGGGUAAGAGCAAGGCAAAGGCCAAGGGCAAGGCGAAGGCGAGGGCGCGCGGGGGCAUGGCUUGA